AUGAAUCAAUAAAUAGUGAGCCACAGUAUUUUAGAAAUCAACCACUACAAUCGAGUAUUAGAGGGAAAUAAAAGAUAUGUGGCAAAAAAGAUGGCAGAAGACCCCUCAUACUUUAAGACCUUAUCGAAAGGGUAGAACCCAAAAUAUCUACUUAUUGGCUGUUCUGAUUCAAGAGCCCCUCCUAAUGAAUUGACAGAGACUGAUCCUGGAGAAAUUUUUAUUCAUAGAAAUAUUGCCAACUUAGUUAUACCUACGGAUUUAAAUCUUAAUUGUGUUAUUCAAUAUGCAGUAGAGCAUUUACAUAUUCAUAAUAUUGUGGUGAUGGGACAUACUUGCUGUGGUGGUGUAAAGGCAGCUAUGACUUAAGAUUCCGUAGGGGGAUUGCUAGACCUCUGGUUGAAUCAGAUAAAGUUGGUUUAUGAGAAACAUGCAGAAUUGAUAGAGUCCUUUGCCGAUGAAAAUGACAAAAUUACUUGCCUAAGUUAAUUGAAUGUCAGAGCUCAAGUUAUGAACAUUUGGAAGAAUCCAAUAAUCUAAAAGGCUUGGCAGAAGGGGAAUCCUGUAAUGGUCCAUGGUUGGUUAUUCAGGGUCGAAACAGGAUAUAUAGAAGAACUCUUGAUUGAUCAACACACUCCUGAAGAGAUGUGCAAAGUGUAUGCUCUAAAGUUUAAAUUGGAAUCAGAGAAGCAAUUAUCUAAGCAUGUUUCUCCAACAGGCUCUCCCAAAAACAACGCAAAAAAAAGAUUCCAAAACAUGCAACGAAAAUUAAUCGAACAUAUAAAUUAACUUAAAGAGAAUAAAAUAGAGGAUUUUGAUUUGGAAACUAAGGAAAUUGGAGGGUUCAUAGAAAGUUCUAAAGAUUUAUGA